AUGCCUCCAUUGGAAAGGCCCCAUCAUGCCAAGCCCUUCAAACUCAGGAAAAGCUUUGACUUCAUCACAGCGACAAGAAAGCAAGAGGUAGCGGGGAUUCGCUCGAAAUUUCCAACCAAGAUUCCUGUGAUAAUUGAAAGAUAUCAAAGGGAGAAGUACUUGCCUCCGCUGGAUAAGACGAAAUUUCUUGUCCCCCAAGAACUGUCUAUGACCCAGUUUGUUACCAUAAUACGAAACCGUAUGUCUCUCAUGCCAAGUCAAGCCUUCUAUUUGCUGAUUAACAACAACGGACUUGCCAGCAUGUCGCUCACAAUGGCACAAGUUUAUAAGGACCACAAAGACGACGACGGGUUUCUGUACAUGACGUACGCUUCGCAGGAAAUGUUUGGAUGCUGUGAGGAAUGCGUGGACAUGAAGUCAGAAGCAAGAUUCACGUAG